GCUAUGGAUACGAAUGGCUUUCCGUUUGACCUGAGGGUAGGGCAAGGUCCUGGAGUGAAGCAUGAUGUUGGCGAUAUUUACUACACAAUAUUCAUCAAUGCACUGAUAAAGAAGCAUCUAUCAAUGAAUGAUUUUCUUCAACGUUUCAUUGCUCAAAUGGUUCAGGCUGGCUGCAGAGUUGUUGGGCUAUCUAAUCAGCCCAAGGACCUUAAGGUUUCUGAAUCUCUGAAACAGAGGACAGCCGCCCUACUUCAAGCCAAGUAUACAGGGAUAUCGGAGGCCAAGGUAAUUGAUUACGAAGAAUUACUACGACUGGAGACAAGGUCAGACCUUUCUACCGAAGAGUAUUACGCAGUACAAAAAUUCAGGAUUAUGGACGCCUACGGCAUUGAGGACCCAUCUAUCCUUACGCCUGAAUGGGUGAAGACCUACAGUAACCCAAAAGAGAUGAAGGUCUUUCAGAAUCUGCGAGCCUUGAAGAACGACCCAGAGUUGAAGAUGACAAAGCAGAGCGACUCGUAUCCUCUGGGGAAAGAUCAAGAAAGGAGGGACACUGGCGCCAUACUACAUAGACUACACCAAUCAAAGUAUACCAAACUAAAGUAUGCAAAAGACAUCCUCUUUGCCUGUGGUUAUGACUCCCCAUUUGAUCCCAAAUGUAGAGCAUCCACUGCUCUCAAAUCAAGCCUGGAUGAGCAAUGGGAAUCGCUAUCGUCAAACAUGCGGAAUAUUUGCACACAACUUCUAAUCCCGUACCCAUCUCAUAGCAACUGGAACUUCAGAAACCGGCAGAACUUUGUCAACUCUGUCUUGAAUGAGGUUCUUGGUAUUCAUAUAGUUGGAACUAACAAGAAAGCCACAAGCUAUCAUAUAAAAUACAUGAGAGAGGUAGGGAAGAAUUGGGAAGGUUUCUUCAAUGAUGGAACUAAAUGAAUACAAU